AUUUUUCUGAACAAUCUUCAUACACUUUCGGCAGUAGUUUCAAAAAUACGUCAUUAUUAGGCUGCAGAAUGGUGAAUCAGACACAAAUGAGCAGGUUUCUUCUGUCAUCCGUGUGUCAUCAGCUCAGUUGAGAAAGUUUAUGACACUUGGAAAUGUUUCAACGAGUUUUAUGGAUCACAGCAAUCCCAGGUGGAAAAACAGGAAGACAGACAUGCUGAGGAGGAGAGAAUGGAUGAUUCUACCAGAGCACAACGGUCACACACAAGGGAGUGCAGGUCCUGUUAAAUGCUGCUGCAAAUAGUGCAAAUAGUAAUAGGACAUCCUUAACGGGAAAUUAUGCCAGAAAUUACAAACAGAACAAGGCACUUUUUCAGUCCAAGAUCCUUCAGUGUCUAUGAUCAGCCUUCCCAUUAACAUAUUGACGAAGCAGUAGAGACAAAAAUAAGGAAGAUUUCAUCCUUCAAACCAAGAACUUGUCAUGUCUUAUCAUUACAAUGAAGCCUUUGAAAACCCAGACUACCACUUCUCAGAGACAUUAGAAAUUGAUAGAAGGGGGAGUUCUCAAAGGAAUCCAUUCUCUCACCAAACUCCUUAUGAUCCAUCUUUGCACGGUUCCUAUGGAGAGCACAGAGGGAGGGAGCAGAACUACCCUGUAGCCAUCCCAAUGGCCUCCCUGGGACCUGGCUCUGACUCCAGCCAGGACUUACCCAGCACAAGUCCAUAUGGAAAUUUCACAGCAGACGACCUUUCCUCUGAGCCUGAGCCAGAACUGACUUACACCCCACAUUCUACCAUUCAUCUGCUGGAUUAUCCCUACACUCAUGGGAUUUCCAGUGGAUCAGAAGACAGCUUCAUUCGGAGACGCAACCGAAGACCACCUGAUGAGACCUUUGUGAUUUCUUCCAGCAUGUUUGAAACAGCUCCAGUGUGCAGUGAAGAGGAAGAUUUAGUUGGAAGUCUUGCAUGUAUGUCCACCAAAGAAAGGAUUAAAGCAAUCCAGAAGAGGCCAGAGACCAUGAGAAAAAAGAGAGAGAUCAGAAACGAAGUUCUUAAAGAAAUAUCAAAAAAAUCAAGGCACCGUGGUGCUCAGCCUUCCUGCUGUACACAGUGUCUGCAGGGAGCAGCAGUGUCAUUUCGGCGAUUUGGAAAUACCCUUUCAGAAUGUUUUCACCAACUGCGGGUAUGGCACAAGGCUCUGAAGAUCAUUGGUGCUGAGUUUGGAACAAGUGUUCUUUCUUACUUUGUUUUCUUGAAGUGGCUGCUAAAUUUUAACAUCUUCUCAUUCCUCAUAAACUUCAGUUUCAUCACAAUUCCUCAGUUUCUUGCAGCAGAACCAAAUAACCUUUCAUUCACGGGCCUGGAGCUGUUAACUGGAGCUGGUUAUUUUCAACAAACAGUGCUCUACUAUGGCUUCUACACCAAUGCUACCAUCAGUAAAAUGGAGAAUGGUCCAUCUUACAACAUGCAGCUGGCCUACAUUUUCACUGUUGGAAUAUAUUUUGUCAUCUGUUUUCUUAUCUUGUUGUUCAGCAUGGCAAAAUUCUUCUCCAGGAACUUUGUUAACCCUCAGGCGUUCUCUGCGAACGCCAGCAGGCUGCUCUGCACUUGGGACUUCAAUAUAACUAAUGAAAAAGCUGUGAAGCUGAAACAAAAGAAUCUCCACACACAAAUAAAGGAAGACCUCACUGAAGUAAACAAAGAAGUUCUAAACUUUUCUGUGAUGGAGAGAGUUCUUCGUAUUGCUGUUCACCUUGUCGCUUGGGUUGCUUCCCUGGGAACAGCAGCAGCUGCUUGUACUGGUGUUUACUUCCUCUCCAUCAAUAACCUCGAGCUGUUUAUGAAAGGGCACAGAAGGGAUCUAGAGGGACAAGCUGCCAUGUUGGUGCUACCUGUGAUUGUAUCUCUCCUCAACACCUUGAUCCCAUUCUUCUUCUCCUGGCUUGGGCACCUGGAGAGGUUUCAGACUCCUGGACAGCACAUAUAUGUCACUAUUACCAGAAAUAUCAUCCUGAAAAUGUCAAUUGUUGGAAUACUGUGCUACUACUGGCUUAACAUCGUGGCUACCUCAGAGUCACAGUGCUGGGAAACUUUGGUUGGCCAAGAUAUCUAUCGUCUUGUUCUAGUUGACUUCAUAUUUUGUUUGCUUGGCUCUUUCUUUGGAGAGUUUUUACGAAGAAUUAUUGGAACCACAGUCUGCGUGAGCCUGGGGCUGCCAGAAUUUGAUAUUGGACGAAAUGUUUUAGAUUUGAUCUAUGCACAGACUUUGACCUGGAUUGGUAUCCUGUUCUCACCUCUGUUGCCUGGUAUCCAGACAAUAGCAUUUUUAAUAGUAUUUUUUGUGAAAAAGGUCAGUCUGAUGAGGAAUUGCCAGCCCCCUCGCAAAGUCUGGAGAACUGCUCAAAUGAUGACAUCCUUCAUUCUCCUGCUGUUUUGUCCUUCCUUCCUUGGAGUCCUGUCUGUCAUUGGAGUCGCUGUCUGGAGGUUAAAACCCUCAGAAGAAUGUGGCCCUUUCAGAGGUUUGUCUUCGAUGUAUGCUGCAGUUGCUGAGUGGAUACAAAUACUGGAAAGUUACACUGCCUCGAAAUGGGUAGUGUGGAUCUACCAUAACUUAAUUACGAGUGAACUUUUCUUUUUCAUCCUCUCUAGUUUUGUACUAAUUGUUACUUAUCUCUACUGGCAAAUAAUACAAGGAAGAAAGACCAUGACCAAACUCUUACGUAAGCAAAUUAAUAAUGCAGGAAAAGAUAAGAUGUUUCUGCUCAAAAAGCUUUGGACACAGCAAAGGGCAAAACGAGGCUCAUCUGCACUGGGAGGAGGAGGCCAGCAGAGAGGCUCCUCUUCGUACCACCCGUCCAGACAAGCUGCCCAGGAGGUGCCAGACUACCCAGGAAGGGCAUUUGAUGGAAACCAAAACACAUUCUACAAUGAGCAUCCCUUUUCUGCUGAGAUCUCGAGCAGCAGUGACUUUCUACCAGGCUGGGAGCACUCCCCGCCCAGGCGCAGCCCCGGCGCGGCCCGGGCCGUGGAGCUCGCCCUGCGCGCCAGGGAAGAGGCGCUGGGGGAGGACGGCGGGGACCCGGGAGGAUAUCAGCCCUGAGCAGGUGUGGGCACUGAGAGAAGGCACUGCCCGCAGAAAGCAAUCCUCUCUUGUACUAAUGGCUGAAAGAAUCGCUGGAACAUCUAUUUUUUACGUCUGAAUGGAAGGAAAAAUAGAAGAACAGAUUGCAAAAUGCGUCCGGACUUGGGUUUUUACUGUGGUAGGGAAAAUCCACCUGUUGGGGUUGUUUUGCAGCAAUGGUUUUGGUGACAGCCUUCCCCCAAGCAUCACUUCGAUGCAGUAAGGUUCCCUCCAGAGCUGGCCACGUGCUGUUGACUAAAUAUAAGAAAACUUGUGCCUAACUAUAAGUAAAAGUUCUGUUUUCAAAAUAUUUUUUUACAGUUAUAUGGUUUAAACAGCUUUUAUCUGAUCUAAACUGAACCUGAAGUAUUGGUCAAAUAAAGAGAAAUAUAUUAAAGCACAGUUGUUUUUAAUGAUUGAGACAUUGUAACGGUUGUGAAAUAACUUGUGUGAACUCGGUUCAUUUUUGUGAGCCAUUUUUACGGUUUAUUAGAGUCAUUUAAAAGCAGCUUUGAUGAAGCCAUCAGAACUGAGUGACUACUUAGCAAAUUCUCAUCUGUGUAAAACUAUUGCUUGAAAGUUUACACCUCUUCUCCUAUAAAGGAUUUGUUGGAGAUAACACAACUAAGAUUUAUUUUUUUAUCAUACAUGACUGUGAUUU